GUAACUUUGGGCGUUUUCCCCGCCGAUACCUCAGCUCCGUCGCAGCUAACGGACCUUUUACCGCGGGGAUCUAACCGUGUCCUUACCGUUCCCGGCAGCCGCUCUGAAGCCCUCUUCUUUUUUUUUUUUAUUGUUAUUUUUUAUCGCUUUCUGGGUAACGGAGGAGGAGGGACGCGCGGAGAGACUUUCCGACGGAGCGCAGAACUCCGCCGGGCUGUGUCCAUGCUGAGCCGCACACAGGCGCUGUGCUCGCCGUGGCCGGUCUGCGAUGAGCCUGGUGGAGUUUAGGCUGCAGGGCUGCGCGUGCAUCCGGAGGAGGCUGCUGUCUGCGGUCAUGAAGCCGCCCUGCUCCCAUUACUGCUUCCUGUGGUUCCUCCUGCUGCUGGGAGCCGGAUCACUGCUGCUGCUGGUCCGCUUGCAGGACCUCACCGAGACGGUCCUCUGGCAGAGCCCAGGUGUGCAGGUGUUGGAGACUCCCAGGUGGCCCUCAGAGAAGGAAGCAGCAUCAAACAUUGGUGCAGCAGUCUCUCCUCCUGCACGCCGUCUGCAGCCGUCCUCGUCCUCGCUGUUCUCCGACUCACUGCUUGGCUCCAAACAGCCGCUCACCAAACGCCACAGGAAGCUGCUGCUGAAGAGCAGCGUGGCAGCAUCCAGUACCCCCGCGGGCCAAGAGGAGGCGCUGCUGCAGCAGUGGCUGGUGAGGACGCAGAAAUCGCGGCGCCGCCUGCUGACUGAAAUCUGCACCAAAUACCAGCCGGGCGUGGACGGUCAGCCCGUGUCACAGCGGCAGGUGUCACGGAUCUACGUGGAGGAGCGGUCCAGGCUGUUGUACUGCGAGGUGCCCAAAGCCGGCUGCUCUAACUGGAAACGGGUGCUGAUGGUGCUGGGCGGCAGUGCCAAAUCCACACAGGACAUUCCCCACGAUGUGGCGCAUUACGCCAACCACCUUCAACGACUGGACAGAUACAGUCACGCCGACAUCGCUGAGCGACUGCGCUCCUACACCAAAGUGCUGUUUGUCAGGGAGCCCUUCGAGCGCCUCGUGUCAGCGUUUCGGGACAAGUUUGAGAGCCCCAACUCGUACUACCACCCCGUGUUUGGACGCCCCAUCAUCUCUAGGUACCGAGCCAACGCCACACGCACCGCGUUGCGCACUGGUACAGGUGUCACCUUCAGGGAGUUCGUGCAGUACCUGCUGGAUGUGCGGCGGCCUGUGGGGAUGGACAUCCACUGGGAGCCGGUGAGCUCGCUGUGUAACCCCUGCCUCCUGCAGUACAACUUCAUCGGGAAGUUUGAGAGCCUGGAGCAGGAUGCUAACUUCCUGCUGCGCUCCAUCGGGGCACCCGCCAACCUCUCGUUCCCAGACUUCAAAGACAGGAACCCCCUGGCAGAGAGGACUUCCUCCAGAAUCACACAAAAAUAUUUUUCACAACUGAACUCCACUGAGAGGCAGAAGGCCUUCGACUUCUACUACAUGGACUACCUGAUGUUCGGCUACCCGAAGCCUUUCGACGACCUGCACUGAGCCGCCGCCGCACUCAGCUGGUGAUGAGGAAGGAUCUGGAGGAAGAUGUUUUGGAUCUUUUAAUGUGUCCGAGCGGCCAGUUAAAACCUGAAGAGCAGCUCUGAUCCCGCUGCAGACUGAGCGCUGACACAUGGGUGGUAAUGGUGGUGGGUGAUAAUCUGUAUAUUUCAGCUUGUUUUUACCUGUGCAGGUGGAGGUGUAAAAAAGCUUCAGAAAUGAUCUUUAUGUUUGUGUGUCUGUGACCGCCUUCUCUUUAACGACUUCUGUGAAGUUUGUGUUGACUUUUUUCCUCUGAUGCCCGUGCUCUGAGACGUUUGAGCCGUUUCCAGCAGAGGGAGGAGCUCCAGGGUUCAUACCCAGAAAGCUGAGAGCUGCUCCGAGCGACCAAAUUCAAAGCAAAUUCUCAGAAAUGUCCAUUUUUCUAAGAUUAAAGCAGGACUCACGUGGAUGUGAUUCACACUUGAACAGGACGACAUCACGCGUCAUUAAUUUUUAAUUCGUAAUUUGAGAGAAAUUGAACUUCUGAAGCAACGGUGCAUACGUCAGCCAAUCAAAUCACAGUUAGUCAAAUGGUCCUGCACGGCCAUUAGAGAGGCUGAGAUGGUUUGAGCAUGUGCAGAGGAGAGAGAGAUAUACUGAACAAAAAGAGGAAGACCUCAGAGGAGGGUCAUGGAUGUAGUGUAGGAGGACACGCAGAGGGUUGGGAGGAUGGAUGGGGGGGAUGAAGUCAGAUGGUCCACUGUGAUGACCCCAAGAUCCCAAGAAGAAGAUGCAAAUAUCCUGAGAGAGCAGCUUGGUUCUUUGUGCAGUUCAGCAUCGAAAAUGUCGAAGUUCACCGUCCUCCACCAUCGAGCACUGAAGCGAUGCAUCCCUGUGAAUUACGUCGUAGGACUGAGGAGGGAGCCGCAGAACGACUCCGGGAGCCGCCGGUUUCCUGUGAGCAGCUCACUGAGUUUAUUUCUUGCUUUCAGACGAUUUGAAAGAGCAGGUCGACCUUCAGGUCCUGCUCGAGUUUCUCCGAGAGCCUCCCUGAACCACUGAUGAGCGUCCAGCUCUCAGGAGAUUCUGGAUGUUUGUGAGCAGAGAAUAAAACCUUCCUGACAGGUGAGCAGACAGAGCAGGUGAGCUGGAGCAGUGAGGACAGUCAGCUCAGGUUAGUGCCAAAUAUGAAACAGAAGAUUCCUGCAGGAGAAGAGGAGCAGACGCCGUUUAAUGAGCACAAUUUGAAUGUUUUUAAUUCAUCAGUGAGUCAGACACAGAAAACAGAUCAGCUUGUUUUUCACACCUUUUGUGAAAAAUGUGACCAGAACAAACGGAUGCGGUUUGAUUUUAAUAGUUAAUCUGAAUUUAUGACAGGAAUUUUAAAUUUUCCAGGAAACAGGAAGUGUGAAGUCAGCUACAGAGGAACUGAACUCUGGAUUAUUUUAAUAUUUUAACACAGAUGAAACCUUAAAUCUGAAGGACGCUCAGGCAGGUUCAUCCUCACUAUCUCCUAAUCAGGAGGAGGUCAUCUCACCAGCUGCAGGAGGACUCCUGCUAAAGAUCAGCUCAUUUUAAAGAAAGGAUGAAUCAUGUUUGUGUAAUAUUUCCCUGUGAGCAGCUCAGCUCGGUCUGAUCUGAUCUGAACCAUUUACGUCACAGUUCAUCACUCUGUAACAUGGAGGAGGAAGAAAUCCCUCUGCAGCCUGAAAUUUGAGAUGAAGCUGAUCCUGGCUCUAACUUUAUAUCCACUCACAGUAAAAAAGGUAUUUUUCGUUCUUUUAUGGAAGCUCACAGACUGUAUAUAAAAAUGGCUGUUACACCUGCAUUCUUUCCAGUGUCCAGCAGGGGGCGACUCCUCUGGUUUGAUUGUAUUGAGGGUGAGAAAAUGAGCCUCUGACCUCAGUAACACUGACCUGCUGAGUUUCCAGUCUUAGUGGCUAGUUUCAAGUCUUAUGGUCCCAUCAGAGGCAGAAAGGAGCAGGAAGCAAGGGAGGACCUGAGGGUGUAGUGGCUACGUCCUUCUUUUAUAUACAGUCUGUGGGGUGGCCUAGUUUAGCGCUGAAGUUUAAACAUGUCGGGUUAAAGUCAGAGAGGUGCCUGAGACUGCAUCGAGUCCCGUCUAAAGCAUGUUUUCCAACAGGAACACAGGAAGUGAGGAGGCGAUGCUGUAACCAUGUUUGAGGUGAUUUUCAGAGACGACCUCGAAGCCUUAACACUGCCAUCUCACCUGAUGUAUUUA